CGCGCCGCCGCGCUGCUGCUCUCCUUCCGCAGCGACGCGCGCGGCCACGCGCAGGGCUUCGCGCUCACCUACCGCGGUGAGAGCCCGCCUCGUCGCCCUGCGCCCGCUGCCCCGCCACCCUGCCUCACACUUCUCUCCGCAGGGCUGCAGGACGCUGCCGACGACCGCGCGCCCCAGGGCUCGGCCCAGACCCCCGCAGCGUCCCCUGACUGGGCCAACGUGAGCUGCAGCCCCCGGCCUGGGGCUCCGGAGGCCGCGACGGGGGCCCGGGUCUUCUCGACAGUGACGGCCGUCUCAGUGCUGCUGCUGCUGCUGCUGCUGCUGUCGCUGCUGCGCCUGCUGCGCCCACGGUGCGCCCGCUGGGGCAGGGCCUGAGGGCGGACGCAGCUGGGCGCCUGACGCCUCGGUGCCCAGGGGGCCCUGGUGGGAAGCUGGGGCUUUCAAGGGGAACGCGGCUGGGAGGCAAUCCCGGGUUCUUGAGGGACGAGGGCUCGCGUCCACACAGGGAAUCGCGCGCGGGAUCGCAGGCGGAGCAGGACGCUGGAGGUAAGAUUGGUUGGGGGUUCAGCUGACAUCUGCUCCCUCUCUAGGAGCUGUCUACUGGCUCCGGGGAAAGGGCCCCCCGCGUUGGGGCCUUCCCGGGGCCCCGGGAGAAGCUGGGCUGUGUGGUACCGCCGGCCUCGAGGGGUGGCCCUGCCCUGUCCCCCUGGGGACCCUCAGGCUGAGGUUCUAGCCGCGAGUUACCGGCCCCUGAGCGCCUCCAGCCAGAGUUCCCUGCGUUCGCUCAUCUCUGCUCUCUGACUCGGGAUCCCUAGGGUCCACUGGACCCUCUGCCAGUGGAAUGGACGUCUCAGACUCCCUGCCGCACUCUACGUUGACCUUCCGCCCCUGUAAGGACAGCUCGGUCUCUGAUCAUCUCCUGGAGGCCAGACAUUGGACAAGAAGCCUCUGGUGCUAUUACUGAGAACUUGGUCUGACCCUCGAAGGUCCAGAUGGUUGAGGCCAAAGGGCAAGAGGAAUCUGGCUCCCCUCCCCCAUAAACCUUAAUACCGGGGUCUCUGACUUCAGGUUGCUUUUAGAACUUGUUGGGGUGGUUCUGGACUGCUGCCCUAAGUGAAAUGUGAGAGGUCAAGAAAAGUAGUUAAAAGGCCAGCCAUAGAUUCUGAAUAAAGGACCUAUUUUGGUA